GCAGGCAGCCACCCCGGCCUGUGUCCCUAUAAAUGAGCGGCGGUGAACCGGCGGAUGUACGCAGCGUGCUUGGGGCGGGUUCGUGGACUUUUGCCUGCCUUUACUUCGUGGUUUUACUUUCUCACACGGAAAACUGCAGAUCACCAGUGAUGGCCAACAUCAGCAGCUCAAACACAGUUUUUGCCUUGGAGCUGCUCCGCACUCUGAGCCAAGCAAAUCCUUCCGGCAACAUCUUUGUCUCACCGCUGAGCAUCAGCUCAGCCCUGGCGAUGGUCUACCUGGGAGCUAAAGGAGACACUGCUGCUCAGAUGGCACAGGCCCUCUCAUUCAGCUUGGAUACAGACGUUCAUGCAGACUUCCAGACACUUAACGCUGACAUCAACUCCCCAUCUGCAUCAUACAUCCUGAAACUAGCCAACCGUCUUUAUGGAGAAAAUACUGCCAACUUCCUCCCAACCUUCCUUGAUGCCACACAGAAGCACUACCAGGCAGACCUGAAGGCUGUUGAUUUCAUCGGGGCUUCAGAGGCGUGCAGAGCCGAGAUCAACAGCUGGGUCGAGCAGCAGACAGAAAAUAAGAUAAAGGACCUUCUAAAGCCAGGAUCAGUCAGCCCAAUGACAAGAUUGGCUCUGGUCAAUGCCAUUUACUUCAAGGGAAACUGGAUGAACCGGUUUGAUGAGGCAAACACCCAAGAGAUGCACUUCAAAGUCAACCAGAAUGAGACCAGGCCAGUCCAGAUGAUGUAUCAGGUGAAGAAGCUACCCUACAACUUCAUCCCUGACCAUGGCCUGCAGAUCCUGGAGCUGCCCUAUGUGGAUGAUGAGCUCAGCAUGUUCAUUCUGCUACCUGAGGAGUCUGAAGAUGGCUCUGACCCUCUGCUGAAGCUGGAGAAUGAGCUAACCCAGGAGAGGCUGGACGAAUGGACCAACAGGGAAAGCAUGGACAUUCACACAGAAAUCGUUGUUCACCUGCCAAAGUUCAAGCUGGAGGAAGACUAUGAGCUGAAUGAGCCUCUGGCUAAACUGGGCAUGACAGACGUGUUCUGUGGGGCAAAGGCUGAUCUCUCAGGCAUGAAUGGCCAAGCAGGACUCUUCCUGUCUACCGUGGCCCACAAGGCCUUUGUGGAGGUGAAUGAGGAGGGCACAGAGGCAGCUGCAGCCACAGCUGGCAUGGUAGCGUUUUGCAUGUUGAGGGAGGAACACUUCAAAGCAGAUCACCCGUUCAUCUUCUUCAUCAGACAUAACAAGACCAAGUCCAUCCUCUUCCUUGGCAGGUUCUCUUCUCCUCAGUAGACAGAACCAACAGAGGGAAAUGGUGGACUAUUUCAAAUAUUA